UAGGUUUUCAGAAAUUCUACAAAUUUGUUUCUAAAAGUGGGAAACGGGAAGAAUGACGUCUCCGAAGCUGGACAGUAAGGUGGUGCAGAACCUGAAGGACAUGGCCCACAAGUUGCGCAUCCACUCAAUCAACUCGACGCAGGCAGCCAAGUCUGGCCAUCCGACGUCCUGUGCCUCCUUAGCUGAGAUUAUGACGGUGCUGUUCUUCCAGCAGAUGAGACUGAACGUAAAGCAUCCACGCGAUCCGUCCAGCGAUAGGUUGAUCCUUUCCAAGGGGCAUGCCGCGCCCAUUCUGUACGCCGCAUGGGCGGAGGCUGGACUCUUUCCGGUGGAGGAGCUACUCAAUUUGCGCAAGGUGGACAGCGAUCUGGAGGGGCAUCCAACGCCAAGGCUGAGUUUCAUCGAUGUGGGCACCGGAUCAAUGGGCCAGGGCAUCUCCGUUGCCACCGGAAUGGCCUAUGUGGGCAAAUAUCUGGACAAAGCCGAAUAUCGCACAUAUGUGCUCCUCGGCGAUAAGGAAUCAGUCGAAGGAUCCGUCUGGGAAGCCCUCCACUUCGCUGGCCACUACUGCCUGGACAACCUAUGCGUGAUCUUCGAUAUUAACAACUUCUUUUGCACGGAUCCUGCGACGAUAAUGGAGGUUUACCGGGAGAGAUUAGAUGCCUUUGGUUUCAAUGCCCUGGUCUUAAAUGGUCACGACAUCGACGAACUGGUCAAGGCCUUUCAUAAUGCGGCCAACACUAAGGGCAAGCCCACUGCGCUAUUGGCCAGGACAAUCAAGGGCAAGGAUUUUCUGGGGAUCGAGGGAAUGGACGACAUGCAUGGGCAGCCACUUGGGAAGAAGGCAGAGGCAGCUAUCAAGAAUCUACAGAUGAUGAUCGCGAAUCCCAAUGUUCGCUUGACACCCAAAAAGAUUGGAAAGUGCAACAAAGCCGCCGAGGUGGAUAUCAACAAUAUAAUGCUGUGUAGUUCACCGAAUUAUCGGUUAGGAGACUCGGUGGCACCUCGAAUGGCUUAUGGUACCGCUUUGGCCAAGAUUGCGGCAGAUAAUUGCCGGGUUAUUGCCCUCGAUGGCGAUACGAAGAACUCCACGUAUGCGGAUAAGAUGAGGAAUGCAUUUCCCGAAAGAUUCAUUGAGUGUUUCAUAGCACAGCAGAAUCUGGUCGGCGUGGCCAUAGGAGCAACCUGUAGACGUCGCACGGUGGCUUUCGUCUCGACAUAUUCCUCAUUAUUUACCAGGGCUUUUGACCAGAUUCGAAUGGGUGCCAUUUCACGGACGAAUGUGAACUUCGUUGGAUCCCAUUGUGGCUGCAGCAUCGGAGAGGAUGGGCCUUCGCUGAUGGGCCUGGAGGAUAUAGCCAUGUUUAGGAGCAUUCCCGGCAGUACGGUCUUCUAUCCCACGGAUGCCGUUAGCACGGAGAGGGCGGUGGAACUGGCUGCCAAUACGAAGGGAGUAUGCUUCAUCCGCACCACAUAUCCGAAUACAACGGUGAUCUAUAACAAUGACGAGGUAUUUGCCGUGGGUCUGGGCAAGGUGGUUCGACAGAAGCCUUCGGAUGAGGUGCUGUUGAUUGGGGCAGGGGUCACACUGUAUGAAUGUCUGGUGGCAGCUGAAAGAUUGGAGGAGGAUUGCAUCACAGCUCGGGUGAUCGACCCUUUCACAGUGAAGCCCCUCGAUGUGCAACUAAUCGUGAAGCAUGGAAAACUGUGCCGUGGAAGGAUUAUCGUCGUGGAGGAUCACUACCAGCAAGGAGGAUUGGGCGAGGCAGUGCUCAGUGCUUUGGCUGAUUAUAGGAACUUUGUGGUAAAGCAUCUCUAUGUGCCCACUGUGCCGAGAUCAGGUCCUCCUGCCGUUCUGCUGGAUAUGUUUGGUAUCUCAUCAAGAAGUAUCUACAAGGCCAGCGUUUCCAUUAUGAAAAAGUAAUACAUAUAUUUUCCGAACGAUCAAGCUUCUGGCGAGGAAAUUCUUAAAUUUAAGUUUUACUUGUGUACCAAGAAAGUAUUUUCAGGCCAUUUUUAACUCGUUUUGGGAAGCUUUAAUCCGCUCAUAAAUUCAAAAUGAAAUAUUAUUUUUAUUAAAUAACUAACUAUAAUUAUUAUAAAUAGUAAAUUAGUUUAAACAGUAACUACAAAAUCGAAAAA